UUCUCUGUUCUUCUCCUCGCAAGUUUCCUUUCCGAAAAUCGCCAUUCUCGAUCUGUGUUCUAAUCGUAAUCGAAUCAAUUCGAUCUGUUGAUUAGGGAUUAGUGAAAGUAAUUGAAGAUGUUUGGUAGGGCGCCUCCGAGUAAAAGUGACAACACCAAGUAUUACGAAAUUCUCGGUGUCCCUAAAACGGCGUCGCCUGAUGAUUUGAAGAAGGCUUACAAGAAAGCUGCUAUUAAGAAUCAUCCCGACAAGGGCGGUGAUCCCGAGAAGUUCAAGGAGCUUGCUCAUGCUUAUGAGGUUUUAAGUGAUCCCGAAAAACGUGAAAUCUACGACCAAUAUGGGGAAGAUGCACUCAAGGAAGGAAUGGGUGGUGGUGGUGGUGGUCAUGACCCAUUCGACAUCUUCUCAUCCUUCUUUGGUGGAAGCCCAUUUGGAGGUGGUGGCAGUGGUAGAGGACAAAGACAAAGAAGGGGAGAAGAUGUUGUGCAUCCACUGAAAGUGUCGCUCGAGGAUUUGUACCUCGGUACCUCCAAGAAGCUGUCCCUAUCGCGCAAUGUACUCUGCAAAAAGUGUAGCGGUAAGGGAUCGAAGUCCGGAGCAUCGACAAAGUGCACAGGCUGUCAAGGAAGUGGUAUGAAGGUGACGAUGCGGCAGCUGGGGCGUGGUAUGAUUCAGCAAAUGCAGCACCCUUGCAAUGAAUGUAGAGGAACCGGUGAAAUAAUCAACGAUAAAGAUCGAUGCCCUCAGUGCAAAGGUGAAAAGGUUGUCCAGGAAAAGAAAGUCUUGCAAGUACAUGUCGAGAAGGGCAUGCAAAACGGCCAGAAAGUUACGUUCCCCGGAGAAGCUGAUGAGGCGCCGGAUACGAUUACUGGAGACAUAGUAUUUGUGCUACAGCAGAAGGAGCAUCCUAAAUUCAAGAGAAAAGGCGACGACCUUUUCAUCGAGCACACACUUCCGCUCGCGGAAGCUUUGUGUGGCUUUCAGUUUGUACUUUCCCAUUUAGACGGACGACAGCUUCUUAUCAAAUCACAGCCCGGAGAAGUAGUUAAGCCUGAUUCGUACAAGGCGAUAAACGAUGAAGGAAUGCCGAUGUACCAGAGGCCAUUCAUGAAGGGUAAGCUCUAUAUCCAUUUCAAUGUGGAGUUUCCGGAUUCUUUGAGUGCAGAACAAGUGGCAGCUUUGGAGAAGAUUCUUCCACCAAAGCCGCAAUCGGAACUGACGGAUAUGGAGGUGGACGAGUGUGAGGAGACGACACUGCACGAUGUCAACAUCGAGGAUGAGAUGAGAAGGAAGCAGGCGCACCGUCAGCAGGAAGCUUAUGAUGACGAGGAUGAAGAUAUGCACGGUGGGGCCCAGAGGGUCCAGUGUGCUCAGCAGUGAUCAACUAUAUAUACACAUAUAUAUUUACAAGAAUGGUAGCACAAAUUUGCUUGCUGUAGUGAUUUGAAAUUAAGAUUUUGUGCCACCUGGCUUUAUUUUGUAGUGAAACUGUUGUUUUUGAUGAUCUAAUAGUUUUAUUGUUUUUGAUGAUUUGUGGUUUCUAUUUUCUUGUUUAUUGUUUUUUCAUCCAUUUAUUAUUCAUGCUGAUGAAUAAACUUGUUGAUUUGUAUUA